GAGAGAGGGAGAGAGAGAGAGAGAGGGAGAGAGAGGGGAGAGCUGACACACCGAGCGGACUUUGUAGUUGCAGAGAUCAUCGUGAGACAGGUGAGAUGAUGCUGCUCGGGCUGGGCUUCUCAAAUUUGCAGAUGCCGACAGAUGUGCCGACAGAAGACGACAGGCUCAGCACGGAGGAGAAAGAGAGCAAGUGUGACAGCAUGACUCUGUCCAGCACGCCGACCGUCCGCAGAGGCAGCACUCCUCUGCCCAUCAAACACCAGCUCAGACGCGAGGAGGCCGUCCAUGACGAUGCCGACUGGACUUCAGGAGCAGCCGGGCCGUCGGCGUCUCCCAUCAGAUUCAGCCCGGCGCUGGACGACACCAUGAGCAUGGCCGUGGAGGGUCGGACCGAAGGACCUCUCAGGAUCGCCCUGCUGGGGCAGAACGGCGUGGGGAAGUCGUCCCUGGCUCUCGCCCUCGCCGGGGACAUGGACCGGGCUGCGUCUGUGGAUUCUGAAGGGGAGGGUUACGUACGCACCGUCACCGUGGACGACGAGGAGAGCACCAUCAUUAUCUACGACAACUGGAGACAGGACUUGUCGGCUCUGCUGUGCGAGGUGUGCGUCCUCGUGUUUUCUGUCACUGACCGGAGGAGUUUCCAUCGCACCGCUCAGCUGAGACUCCUUCUGAGGGAGAAUCAGCCUCAGACUCCCAUCAUCCUCGUCGGGAAUAAGAGCGACCUCGUCCGCACACGUGAGGUCACCACACAAGGGUCUCUGACUCUGGGCAGUGGUGACAUACAGAAGACGAUGGACAUCAGCUUCCUGACGACACUGUCCUUAAAGAUAUGUUUCGCGACCCCUAUUGGGGUCCCGACCCCCAGGUUGAGAACCACUGUGGUAGGGGACGGGGAGCCAGUAGAGAUUCUGAAGGCCAGCGGUGAUGUGGUCAACACUGAAGAGGCUAGUAAUGGCAUUCUGAACAUGCCGAAGUUUUCUGACAGCUUUGGAGAAGUUGUAAAGGAUGCUACUGCAGUCAAGUCUGGAUUUGAGGAAGGCACUAGAGAAGGAGAGGAAUGGACAGUGGCUGAGAAUGAGGAUGACAAACUGUGCCUGAUCUGCUAUGAGGACAUGAGGAAGAGUGGAGGAGGAGCUCCAGAGCUGCGCUGCACUCAUCGCUUCCACAAAGAGGCGGCUCGCAGGCUGGAGCAGAGUCGGCCGUGCAGCAGCAGCAGCGACGCAGCAGCCUGUCAGGGGAGGAGGGCCUCGCACCUGAGGAGGAAAUCUGAAGACGGACCCAUCUCUGUAGAGAGGGAGCAGCACACGCCCCACCGUCAGCUCUCCCUGAGGAGACAUCGCUGA